AUGACCGUUUUGUCAUUCAUUGCCCACACGACAAGGGCGUCGGUCCGCGUCCCACGUCCCUGCAUCGUUGCGAAAUGGCUCCAGUCUCGCUCCGUUUCCGUGACCGCACCCUCCCGUAAUCUGGACCCAGUUCCACUUCGCAAGCACCUCAAGGAUGAAGCCAAAAGAAAGAGAGCCGAAGCGAAAGCAUCUGCUGGUGGAAAGGAUGGUCGGAUGAAGGUCGACCCGCGACUGGACAAGUGGGAGUUGACUGUGGGCAUUGAGAUCCAUGCCGAGCUGAAUACCGCCUGCAAGCUCUUCUCCAGCGCUUCUGCAUCCGCCCCAGAGGAUUAUGAUGUUGCCAACAGCAGAGUCGCGCUGUUCGACGCCGCAAUGCCUGGGUCCCAGCCGCACUUCCAACGCGCCACUUUGCUGCCGGCUUUACGAGCCGCAAUAGCCCUCGGCUGUGAUGUGCAGAGAAGGAGUGGAUGGGAUCGGAAACAUUACUUCCAUUGGGAUCAGCCGAAUGGAUAUCAAAUCACACAAUACUAUGCACCGUUCGCCAAGAACGGCAGUCUCACGCUGGCGGCGGAGGAUGGUGUGCCAUCAGCUGAGUUGCAAGGCGCAGAGAGUUUGGUCAUCGGACUGAAACAGAUCCAGAUGGAACAGGACACCGCCAAGACUACUUCUCAUGGGCACUCCACUCACCACAUUGAUCUCAACCGCACUGGACAUCCUCUGAUUGAGAUCAUCACGUUACCACAGAUACACUCUCCACAGACGGCAGCGGCAGUGGUGAGGAAGAUCCAGGCUGUGCUCAAAAGUGUGGAUUCUUGCGUGAUGGGUAUGGAGCUGGGUGGACUCCGUGCAGAUGUCAAUGUGUCUGUGCGAGAGCGUGGCACGAGUGGACUGUUGUCGUACAGUGGUGUCACUGGUCUGGGACAGAGGACUGAAAUCAAGAACUUGGCUUCUUUCAAGGCGGUCGAGGACGCAGUGAUUGCAGAACGCGAUCGUCAAAUAUCCGUGCUUGAAGCAGGAGGUGUGAUUGAGGGCGAGACCAGAGGCUGGACGCUGGGCGCGAAAGAGACCACAAGGCUCAGAGGGAAAGAAGGAGAGGUUGAUUACAGGUACAUGCCUGAUGCGGAUCUUCCGCCUCUCCUGGUUGGCGAAGAUUUGGUCGAGCAUCUGCGACAGACAUUGCCGGAGCUCCCUGACGAGACCGUGGAAAGGGUUUGUGCGGACUACGGGCUAAGCUUCAAGGACGCGAAAACCAUCGUCAGUCUCGAUGGAGGUGAUCGGUUGGAGUUCAUGGAAGACACCAUCUCGCGUCUCAAAGUGCUCAGCCAAGAAGACCCUCUCAAAUUGGGGAAGACGGUCGGGAACUGGGUCCUGCAUGAGCUUGGUGGUCUCAUACCACCUUCUGCUACGUGGGAGGACAUAUCAAUCUCCCCACAGGAGCUCACCGAUAUCAUCAAACAUUUGUUGGGGAAGGRGAUUACUGCUAGAGCUGCCAAACAGCUUGUCUCCACACUUCAAGAACUGCCCGUCACGGACCAGCGACCCAGUGUUGAACAGUUGAUUGAGGAUGGCGGCUUGCGUCUUCGACCACUCUCAGAGGAUGAGUACAUCGCUCUGGCUCAACAGAUCAUGGAAGAGAGUCCUGACAUGGUCGCCGCUGUUCGCGAGAAGGGCCAGAAGGGCAAAAUCAUGUGGUUUGUUGGGCAGAUGGUGAGGAGGGGUGAUGAAGGGACAGUGGAGCCUGAGAAAGCACGAGCUGUUGUGGAGGGCAUAUUCCGCGAUUGA